AUGGACCCUGCAGAGUUAGAGGAACUUGUUAAAAAAAUGGAGGGAAUGGAAUUCCCUAUGGGUGAAAUUGAGGGGAUCAUAUUUCCUCAGUCGACUUGUGACUCUUGGGAUGCAAUCCAGAAAUUCCAGGCACGAGAAGAUGAUAUUUUGAUAGCAACAUAUCCCAAAGCAGGGACCACGUGGAUGCAGGAGAUUGUGGAUCUGAUCUUGCUGGAGGCCGAUGUGGAUAAAAGCAUGCGUGCCCCUUGCUUUAUCAAAGUGCCCUUUAUAGAUCUGGUGCCAAUGAAACCCAGGAAGUCAGGUUUGGAACUAGCAGAAGAAAUAACAACACAACGUAUAAUUAAAAGUCACUUUCCCAUCCAGUUGAUACCUCCUUCAGUUUGGGAAAAAAAUUGCAAGGUUGUUUAUGUUGCCAGGAAUGCCAAAGACUGCAUGGUCUCUUAUUUCCACUUCCAGCGGAUGAACAAAGGUCUGCCAGACCCAGGGACGUGGGAUGAAUAUUUCUCAGCUUUUCUUUCUGGAGACGUGCCCUGGGGAAGUUGGUUUGACCACGUCAUUGGCUGGUGGAAGGUAAAGGACAAACACCAAAUACUCUUUGUUUUCUAUGAAGACAUGAUUGAGGACCUAAGACGUGAGAUCAGGAAAUUGAUGAAGUUUAUUGGAAAAGAUCUUUCGGAGGAAGUUAUAGAGAAGAUUUAUCAACACACUACCUUCCAGGCCAUGAAAGAAAACCCUAUGACAAACUUCAGUGUUCUACCAAAAGUUGUAUUUGACCAGUCCAUCUCUCCAUUUAUGAGAAAAGGGACUGUGGGUGAUUGGAAAAACCAUUUCCUGGUGGCUCAGAAUAUCAUCUUUGAUGAGGAAUACAAAAGGAAAAUGCAGGGUACCGGACUGAGCUUCCGAACACAACUGUGAAGCAAUAGCAUCAUAUGCUAUUUUAUUUCUAG